UAUAUAAAAGCUAGCGCUCACUUCAGCAGCUCUGAAUUUGACGCCGGGUAGGGACACAAUUCACUCACCAUGUAUCGCACCUUAAUUUUUAGUUGUUUAGUUACUCUUUGCCUCAUCAAUGGCUCAUCAUCACUCAAACUACCUCAAUAUAUAAAGCCCUGCAAAAUCGAUGCAACUCUUGACGAUUGUGCAUUGAAAAAUGGAAGAAUAGCCAUUCCCAAGUUACUGAAUGGUGACAGCAAAUACAAGAUCCCAAAAUUGGAUCCUUUCCAAAUCAAAAGCUUGACUGUCGAUCAUGGCUCAAAACAAAUCGGUCUGAAACUGGAAAUGAUCGACUCGCUGCUGACGGGAUUGAAACAUAUCAAAUUUACUGCCUCCCGAAUGGACAUGAAGAAGAGGCACAUUGAAUGGGAUGUUCUUGUGCCAAAGUUGGAGCUGUUCGGAAAGUACAAGGCUGAUGGCAAAAUUUUGGUUCUACCAAUUGUUGGAAACGGAAACGGAAAUAUAACACUGGUUAACCUGAAUGCAACUUACUCGUUCGAUUUCAAUAAAGAGAAGAGGAAUGGCAAGGACUACAUCAAAGUUAUGUCAAGCAAAAUCAAGUUCGACUGUUCAAGAUUGUACUUCAAGCUCGAUAAUCUGUUCAACGGAGAUAAACUUCUUGGUGACAACAUGAACCAGUUCUUGGACGAGAAUUGGCGUGAAGUUUUGAACGAGCUUGGAGAUCCCAUUGCAGCUCCCAUUGCCGAAAUAUUCACUGUGAUACUCAAAGGAGUUGUCAACGAGAUUCCUUUCGAUGAAGUCUUUUUGAAAUGAUUAAUGCAACCUGCAAACAAUUCAUUUCAACAAAUAUUUCACUCACAAAUGUACUGAUAUUCAAAGUUCUCCACUUUGAUAAAUAAUCAUUAUUUAUUUCAAGAUUCACAACGAAAAUAUAUUCACAAUCUACAUACGAUUUUGAUCAAUUCUCUAUUUUAAUACUCAAAUGUAUAUCUCGAUCCAUGAAAAUUGAAUCAGUAUAUAUAUUUGAUAUUGACAUAAGACUUGAAACAUAAGAACUGCUUUAGAUUGUUGAUACAUUUGAAUUUAAGACUCAGAUUCUUGAAUGAAUCAACACACUGGAAAUUUCUGAAAAGUUUCAUGAGGAAAUCUAAAAAAAAGUAUUAUGUUCAAAUAAAUUAGAUGGGAUAACUCAAAGAUAAUAGAGGACCAAACCCAAUUAAAAGAUUAUGGACUUUUCACUUUUCUUUCACAUAAGUUAUGUUCAAUUAAUUAUUUUUUACGGCUUCUAGCAAUCUAUCAAUUCAUGGAAUAGAGAUCUUGACCUUUAAAUAUGGCUAAGUUUGAUCUCUGAUUAUGGAUACUUUAACUUAUCCAUAAUUAAGGGUUGGAUAUAGUGAGCACAAAAUAGCAUACGAUAAUAAAAUAUAGGACACAUUCAUUUAGUUGACGGAUUUUAGUUCUAUGAUUAGUAUUUCGCAAUUAUUAGUGAAUAAGGUUCUGUUUUAAGGAUCUGAGAAUGAUUCUAGGUAUAAAAUUAUCAUUAUUACUGUAAGGUGAAAAGUAUUGCCUUUCUAAUAAAUUGAUAUUUUUCAAAA